CAGCAGCAGCAGCAGCAGUAGCUGUAGCUGUAGCUGUAGCAGCAGCCACUGCCACGGCCACGGCCACCGCCGCUCAGCUCGGGCUCCAGUCCCAAGUGCCCCUGCCCGCAGACUCCGACUCCGCAGGCUGGAGGAGAGCGCAGCUCCAGGCACGGGGAUGCGGCCGCUUGCUCGCUGCCUGCUCGGUGUCCCGGCUGUGCUUGCGCUUCUUACCUGCUCCCUGGCUUCUGCCGUGGCUGCUGAAGAUGUAAAGAAAGAUGCCAAGAAUUCACAGAAUUUGGGGAAAAGUAGAACGUCAAGUAAAAAUGACUUAGACUUAAAAGAAGUUGUAUUUGUCAUCCAGAGUCAAAGUAAUUCAUUUCAUGCAGAGAAAGCAAAGCAAUUAGAGCAAAACAUCUUAAAACAGGCUGCUGAUCUUACCCAGGAGCUCCCCAGAGUUCUUCUUCUUCAUCUUCUGGAUAAGCAUGAAGGAGCAUGGACCAUACUUCCGUUAUUACCUCAUUUUUCCACAUCAUUUAGCAGAAACUCAUCAUGGAUUUUCUUCUGUGAAGAAGAAACAAGGAUACACAUUCCAAAGCUCUUAGAAACUCUCCGAAGAUAUGACCCAUCUAAGGAGUGGUUUUUAGGAAAAGCGUUACAUGAUGAACAAUCAACAAUCAUCCAUCAUUAUGCCUUUGCUGAAGAUCCUACAAUUUUCAAAUUUCCUGACUUUGCUGCUGGCUGGGCCCUUAGUCUUCCACUCAUAAACAAGCUUACCAAAAGAUUGAAAAGUGAGUCCUUGAAGUCUGAUUUUACAAUCGAUUUAAAACAUGAGAUUGCUCUCUACAUUUGGGACAAAGGCAAUGGACCCCAUCUUACUCCGGUGCCUGAGUUUUGCACAGAUGAUGUGAGCUCUCCUAAGGCUACCAGUUGUGCUACAAUGUUUCAUGCUUUUCUACCGCUUUGUGGAAAUCCAGUGAAGGAGAUGGCUGUUUUUGUUGCGGUAAAAACAUGCAAGAAGUUUCAUGAUGACAGAAUACCUAUUGUAAAGCAGACUUGGGAAGAUCAGGCAAGACUCAUUGAAUACUACAGUGAUUAUGCAGAGAGUUCAAUUCCAACUAUUGAUCUGGGAGUGCCUAAUACUGAAAGAGGUCACUGUGGAAAGACCUUUGCUAUUUUGGAAAGAUUUUUGAAUCAUAGCAGUGAUACAACAACUUGGUUAGUCAUUGUGGAUGAUGAUACAUUAAUAAGUAUCUCCAGGCUCCGGAAUCUGCUUAGCUGUUAUGACUCAAGUGAACCCGUGUUUCUAGGAGAACGUUAUGGCUAUGGACUAGGAACUGGAGGAUACAGCUACAUCACUGGAGGAGGAGGUAUGGUCUUUAGCAGAGAAGCAGUCCGGAGGCUUUUGGCCAGUAAGUGCCGAUGUUACAGCAAUGAUGCCCCAGAUGACAUGGUGCUUGGCAUGUGUUUCAGUGGUCUGGGAAUUCCAGUGACGCACAGCCCUCUCUUUCAUCAGGCUCGACCAGUGGAUUACCCAGAGGACUACCUUUCUCACCAAGUUCCCAUAUCAUUUCACAAACACUGGAACAUUGAUCCAAUAAAGGUGUAUUUCACCUGGUUGGCACCCAAUGGGAAAGAUGCCUCCAGUGGCAGGAAGCAGGCACAUUUUAAAGAAGAGUUAUAAGCAUCUCAUACUGUUGAAGAAGAUGCUCAUGGUGGUGCAGAUGGAGUCUCUAGGCAUUCUUAUGCUAUGUUGUACUUAUAUUGCUUAAAUGUGCCAUGUUGCAUAGGAGACUUUAUGUCUUAGGAGUGAAACUGUAUAUUGUUCUAUUUCUUAAUUUGGGGGGCUGAGGCGGGGGAAAGGGGAGGGAUCAGAGGAAGGGGAAGGAUCUAACUUCAACUUUGCUUUUUCCUUUGUGAAGAUGUGAGAGUAAGUCUUAGAAUACCACCCCUUUGAUUUUGAAUCAUGGGAUUAUUAUAUUACAUCAUAUUUAAUAGGUAUUUUAAAGCCAUGAUGAGGUAUCUUCAACAAUUCAUCCUAGGGAAAAUAGAGCAUCACCCUUGGACUCCCUGGUGUUCCCUUAUACUGCAACACAUCUUGCAACAAGGAGUGACUCCUUAUUUAAAAUAAUGUGCAAAGAAGAAUGAAAUGUUUUGGCAUAAAUGUUGAUGGGAACCUAUUCCAAAGUUUACUUCUGGUUUUUAAAUAUACUAAUGAUAAGAAAUACUCCCUUGGAAAGGAGUUGGAACGACAUUGUUGAUUGUGAAUGCUCAUAAAAUACUGGCUUAUGGAAACCUCUCUGGAAGUGGAUCUGUGACCUCACUGAUUUGAGAAUUCCCUCCCAGGAUGCAGAUUGCUGCUGCCCAUCCCAUGGGGCUCUUGCCCAUGUCCUCCCAAAAGUUUGCCACAGAGGCUUCAUUCAGUGUCCAACAGUACUUCCUUGCUUUCUCCAGACAUCAUGAGAGUACCUGUGGAAAACCCUGGCUGGCUGCCCAUCCCUUGUUUUUGCUGGACACUUUUUAUUUUUUACUUUUUACUUGUUAAUUUUUCAUUCUGUACCUGUGUGAAAAGGAUUUUCUAAUAACCUCUUUAGACUCUAGGAAUUAGUCUACAGCCCACUGCUCCCUGAAGCCCUAUCUUUAUAACCCACAUAUAAUCUCAGAAUGGACUCAGUGUUACCACAUGAUAGUGGCCAUCUAUACCUGAAAAUAAGAAUGAAGUAUUUUACCUGAGUUGAUUAACCGUGAUAUGGAUCCCAGGAAGUGAACUAAAUUUGGAUAUUCUGAACCUGUUAUUUCACAGUAGUUUUGUUUUGUUUUGGUUUGGUUUGGUUUCAGUGGAUGUUGCUUCAUAACUCUGUCUUGACUCAUUGUAGAACACCAUACCUUAACACAGGUGGACAGUGAGAGCAUUGAGUAGUUUUCCUGGACUCUUAAGGAAUGUAUUUUGAACAUGAUGUUUUGAAGCUACUUUCAUUUUUAAACCUCAUCCAAAUGAUACCUUAGUAAUGUAACACAUCCAUGUAAAGAGUAUUAUAUAUUUUAAAUCAUUUUAGUUUUUUCUAUGUAUAAUUCAGUUUUGUA